AUGAGCAACAACUCCGAAGAGCCCAAUGUGCCAAUACCUUCAGGCUCCGCGCCGUUGGAGGCCAAGGAGCGCGUAGCGCGUCUAUUCUCAAUCAUCUUACACGGGAACGACCAGGGCUUCGCUUUACCGGUCGCAACGCGCAUCCAGGUCACUGAUAUCGCUAUCGAGGAGAAGAAGGGAGCACCGGGAAAGACGGAGACGACUCUGGUCUGCGAGCUGGAUGUGCGGGAGGACAUGGUGAAUGCCGGCGGGAACCUGCACGGCGGAGCGAGCGCAUUUCUUGUGGACGUGUGCUCGUCGCUGGCGCUUGCCGCUGCGGGCAAGUUGAACAGCGUUUCGCAGGCGCUUAACGUCGUGUACCACGCUCCAGCUCCCCUAGAUAACCACUUGCGUAUCAUGAACUGGACUAUCACUGUGGGCUCACGUGUGAUGUCUACUCGCACGGAGAUAUGGGAUGCGACAGCAGGGAGACUUGUGGCCACCGGUAUCCACAUCAAGAUGGAACCCUCGGCUGCGAAGUUGUAG